AAAUGAAUUUUAAUGUCUGGAAUAUCAAAGAGAUGCUUAGUAUUCCCUCAGGCUCUAUUGCCACUAAGUCUUCUAGUUGGAAUAAUAAUCAGACUGAUUACUCCAGCCUCAGUGAUUCUCAGUUCCUCUUUGGAUCCCAAUUUUGUCCAGAAAAUUCAGAGAGCCUCUCAGCGCCACUGGAUUUUGGUAUCCACUUGAGACAACCGAAGCUAUCACAACAAAAUUCUUUGGAUAGUGAACCUAGUAUUUUCACAAAGUACCAGACAAAACCACAGCUGUUUGGAGGAGAUGCAAAAGAUGCAGGCUUAUGUCCUCUUCCUUCAUCAGUUGGAAAAUCAAAAGGCCUCUUGGAACAGUUUGAGGAGAAAAAACAAAGGGCAAAAGAUAAAUGUGACAGUGAGUCUCUUUACAACUUCAUUUCCCAUGUCAGAGAGAGCAUUAAUAGAUUGCAGACAUCUGUGGAAAAAUCUGAGGAAUAUCUCAGUUCAAGAAGUCAGUCUAUUCUGGAUUCUUUGGAGACAGUGGCCAAGACAGUGCGAGAAACUGUGCAGGCCCAGAAUGAUCUAGUAUUGGAAACAAUGCAGGACAAAAGCAAGGUGGAACAGGCACUCCUCGAGAUGCAGAAGAGAUUUGAAGCUAGACAAGCAGAGUUUAUAGAAAUGAAGUCCGACUUGAAGCACCUUGAAGUUUUAGUUGCCCAGCAGAAUAAGGAUUUCCAGCAGCUGUGUGAACAGCUGGGCCAGCUGAAGGUGCCCACUAUUCUUGCAGAGCUAAAGAAAUUGAUCUCAUUUCCUGGGGUACUCAAGAAUGUACAAGACAGCUCUUCCCAGACCUCAUCACCUUUGGCCCAGAGCCUAAGUUUUACUAGGCAGGAAAAAUAUGCCUCUGAGGAAGCAGUUAUGUGGCAGGGCCAAGGUCCCCCUGCUGCAAAGAAUCUUAGUAUGGGCUCUCCGUGCCCUGGGAAAUACAGUGUCUGGAGUGAGGGAACGAAGAGUGAUGCUCUCCAAGAAGAGGCUGUGCUGCUGGCAGCUGGAACCACUUCUAGAAACAGGCAAGUGAAGGACAAGGCCGUGCAGACUAACUGCAAGAAUUGGGCUAUUACUAAAAUAAGCUCCCAGAACCCAGGCUCUGGUUUUGUUGGCCACAAGGUUCCUGCUGAUGGGGACCUGGUUUUCCAAGGAGCCUCAAAGCUUUUAUCCUUGAAUUUUGCAACCAGCAUUCAGAACACCUGUCAAAAAUACCACACCAAAGGCAUGUUUUCCUGUGACCCUUGUGAACAAACAAGAGUCACUGAACAGAAAUGCAGAACUGUAGGAAGAGUGGGGAGAGGCAAGAAGCAACAGCACAGGAAAGCCCACAGAGGUAGGCUCAUAGCCAGGAAACAAGAACAAACUCCAAGUAACACCUCUGUUUUCAAUUCUAAAUAUCCUCAACUUCCUGUUUAUGGCCCUAAAAGGCCUCCCCAGAAGCAGCAGGAGCCCUUCAUUGAGCCACUGCAGCUGCAGGAUCCCAGGAGCCCCAUAAAAUCAAUCUCCCCUGCUCUGGGUGGUACUGUCUUGCCCAGUAAGACAGCAACAGCCAUGGAAGGGGGCCUCUUGCUUUUCAAUAGGUUCUCUUCCCAAGACAACAGCUCCCAGGAGGACCACCAGAUAAGCUGGUUCAGUGACCUCAACCUCAGAAGUUCAGAGCCCCCUCUGGGCAAGGAGCGGGGGAAGAAUCUGCUCUAUGACCUGGGUUUUGAUAGUAGUGAUGAUGGUUUCUGA